AUGGGUCAGUCCGACGAAUCGUUCCUCCCCCAAAUCGUCGGCAUCUUCUACGCCAUCUUUGACCCGUCGCUGGGCCCGACAGUCGUCCAUCAAGUUCCCGAACGCCUCAUCUCCGUCGGCGGUGACGAUGGUGGCCUCGACCGUCGCCGUUCGCGCUCUGGUUCGCGCUCCGUGAGCCGCUCUCGGGCGCGAUCACCUUCCGUCGUCCCCGGCGCGCGUCGUGCCGCCUCGCGCGAACGCAGCACCCCGGCAUCCCGGUUUCUCACGUUGCUGGACUUUGCGCCCAUCUCCGAGUAUGUGAUUCCCAAAAAGGCGCUGCACGGCAAGCUCGUCACGUUUUGCACGCCCGGCGCGUGGGACGAGGGACCGGACAGCGGCGACGACGACGACGACGACGAUGACGACGACGAGGCGCUGGAUACGAGGGAAGGAGGGCGCGCAGAGUACAAGGUCAUUGGCCUGCCAAUGGUCAUUGAUGGCCAGGCAGGCCAGUACCAGCGCAACCAGUACAUGUGGAACCUGUGUUUCGUGUUCCGCGCCGACGCGAGCCUCGAGGCGUUUGAGCCGGUGGUGCGCAAGACGGCCAGGAUUCUCAAGAGUGCAGAGGUCGACUCGGGGUAUCUUUCCAGCCCUGCACCCCAGCAUACCCCCUUGCUGGCUAUGCUGGAACAGCUGUUCGAGGAUCUCAACUCGUACUCUGAGACGUCGAUCCCCCUUGACGGGUUCAACAGCUUGGAACUCAAGCUGUUCCCUUUCUACCCCAAUCCCCCCGAGGUGCACGACUGGGACGUCCCUGUCCCGCUCGUCAACCUGAACGCGCUCAAGGAUGACAACUGGGACAUUACCGCCGCCCGCGUCAGCCAGUACAUCAAUGGCAUCAACCACAGCGCCAAGAUUGCCCAGCUAGCCGACGUUGACCCGGCUCUCACGCGUGAGACGCUGCGACACAUGCUGUUCUACCAGGUCAUCAUGAUGUACUCCAACAUAUACACUGUCACACCCGCCUUUGCGCGACUGUGCGCUGACGAAUCGGUCAUGGACGAGUGCGGCGCCUACGUCACCCGCCCUGGGUAUGCCAUCGCCGACUGGCCGGCUCUCGCGACACUGUAUACAAAACUGCACGCCGGGACGACUGUCCACCAGUGGGCCGAGGCGCACCACAUCUGGACACGCGGGAUCGACCCGCGCCGUUUUGUGUCGUUCGGUAUCAUCAAGGGGUUUAUGCGACGCGUCCACCGCUGGCCAGUGAUUAUCGAAAAGCAAAUGGCGCGGAUCCUCAUAGGAGCCGCCAUGGGGCCGAGCGACAGCCACCCGACCACCAACGUCAGCGGUAUUGCCAGCAGCGGGCCGCCAGACCCCACCCGCCGGCGCGUGGGCUUCCACGCCAGUAACACUUACCGUGGAGGUGGCGAGUCGCGCGAGAUGCGCGACCUCAUGCCUCCCAGCCGAUCGGGCGAACGCACCAACCCUUUUGCUGGCGAAAGCCAGUUUACGCUCCGGAGCACCGGUUCCACGGCCUCCAUCACGCUCGGCGGCAGUCCCGACGUGCCCGCCUCACCGCCGCUGCAGCGACGGUCCAGCCAGCGCGAUGCCACCGGGCGCAGCUUCACCAGCGCGCCAGACACGCACCCGUCCAUCUCGUCGCGCCGGACCAACACGCUGCGCUCGGCGGCUGGCAUGGCUGCGGCGAGCGCGAACGCUAUCAGUAGCCGCCAGCGCGAGCGGCUGUACGACCUCGACAUUGAGCUGCUCAACAGCCACCACCACACGGACGAGAUCCAGGUCCGCCUCGGCAUGAGCUGGGCGCAGCUGGAAAAAGUUCUCGGCCUCGACGGAAGGGCGCGAGGCGUGGGCAGUAAGGGCGUCGCGGUGGUAUACCGAUAG